CGCUGAGUUGACUACAAUUAUUACAAAAGUCUAUUUCCAUAUAUACAAAUAUGAUAAUGAAAGAGGAAGAGUCCGCGUCUGCUAAGGAACAUACCGAUUCAAGUUUACAGGAACAAAAUGAUGGUGAACUUCAUACUCUUAGUCGUCACGAAAAGGAGACAUUCGAUAGCUUCUUAUAUGAUAUAUUUGAAAGAGAACAAGAAUCAGUACAAAUUUCUAGUAACUACAACCAGUUUGAAAUGGAUUUUUCCAUAUUGUUAGGAAAUAGAACUGCUGAAUUACUUUUGUUGGAAUCACCUAAAAUUCUAUAUGGUAGUGAUUCAAGUAGGAAUGGAUUUUCACCUAUUGAUAUUUCAUUAAAUGGUCAUCCUCAAUUAAAUACUGCAUUAACCAGUUCAACAAUAUCCACACCAUUCUUAGAUCUACAAAGCAGUGGAUUACUGAGUAAUAUCAUAUUGGAAAAUGUUUCACCUUAUCCUCAAAUUUCAUUUACUCCAAUUUCGAAAGAAAUAAGUAAUUCAAACUUCAAAGCUAGAAAAGUGCUAGAUGAGUUAGUAGAUAGCGAAGAAUUCUAUUUACAUUGUUUAAAGAUUCUAAUAAUCUAUUAUUUUGAUCCAUAUUUGUCUAAUAAUAAGUAUGAAGCCCCCGUUCCUUUGAAAUUAAUGAAUGCCUUCAUUGAAGAGUUAAUUCAUAUUCACAGUCGUAUCUUGAAUCAAAUAAGGAAUCAUGGAUCUGAUUUCAAUAAUCAUGAUCCCAAUUUAUCCCAACCAAUUCUCUUACAAAUUGCUCUGGAAAUCACUAAUACACAGUAUGCUAUAUACAUAUAUCAUGAAUAUUGUAACAUAUAUGAAGAUGUAUUGCAAUUGAUUGAGAAUUCAUUACCUAUAGAGAAGUUCAAUAUUACUAGAAAGAAAACCAAUCCAACAUGGAAUAUAGAGUGGUUAAAGGGGUGGGAAACUUAUCUUGAAGCUAGUCAAAGUAAAGCAAAACAUUUAGACUUGUCUUUUGCUUCAUUAAUUCAAAGACCAACUAGUAGAGUUGGAAAAUAUAAGUUACUCUUGGAAUCUCUAAAUAAAUGCCAAAAGACUAAUCUGAAAAUUGAUUCAUUAAAUGAAUAUAUUAAAAAAGUUGACGACAACUUGAAUUGGAUAAAUGAUAAAUGUCAAGAAUUUAAAGAUAAUGAUAAUUCUAUUUAUCUUAAUAAGUUAAUUGAUUUUCAAUCCAUUUCUUACGAUGGUCAAUUGAGUCUGGAGUUUUUUGGUAAAGCAUUUUUAGUAGGGUAUGUUCUUGGUAAUUGGGUUGAGUUAGAAGAUAUCAAGAAAGAAUCGUUUACAGCAAUUUUAUACAAGAGUCAUUUGGUUUUGGCUUCUUUAGGGAGAUAUUCAUUGAUUAGGAAUGCUGAAAAGUCACGUAUACAGUUCAUUAUUCCCUUGAGUAAAUGUCAAUUUAUAAAAGAUUUAAAAGACAGUGAUGGUGGACUCUAUUAUAAGAAUUUAUAUUCAUCUAAAAUUAUAUUCGAAGAGAGGUAUUGCCAUUAUGAAAUUUUACUUACAUUCAGUAACCUUCACGAGUUUGAUGUUUGGAGUAAUUAUUUAGAUUCUCACAUAAAUUAUAUUAAUGGGCCUUAUGCUAUGGACUUUUCAACAACAUACAAUUUGAGCUUAUGUAAAUUCCCUAAUUCAAUUAUUCCUUAUAAUGUUUCUAUAGAUCAUACUUCAUCAAAACUCACAAAACCAUGUUAUUUUAAACAAACCAUGAUUAUUAUUAUAAGCGAGGAAGAUGAAAAGUCACACGAGCUCAAUAGACAUUCAAUUGAAAUGACAUUUAGACAAGUGUGGAGUAAGAAAGAAAUACCAUUUAUUUCCCCGAAUAUUUUAGAUAACGAUAACUAUGGUAAUAUCACUCCCCAUACUCUAAGAAAAAGUCGGAGUUGGUCUUCUACAAAAUUGAAGUAUUCUCUUACUAAAAAUUUGAAAAAUUCAAAUAGUAUUUAUGAACUAUGGAGGUAUUCUAAACAAAAAUAGCAAGCACAUGCAUAUAUAUUACUUAUAUAGAGUACUUUUAUGAUAAUGUAAGCUCAAAGUAAAGGCGAUCGUUAAUAGUUUCAUAAAGUAUGGGCCUCAAUUGCCUGAAUUACCAUUUCCUAUGGAAUCAUUGUGGCCACCAUAUCCUCUGUGUAUAGUAGUUUGACGUUUAUCAGUUCCUUCUAGCAAGAUCUUCUUAAUUACUACAUCCCUAUCAGAAGUUCCAAAUUGAUUAGAUAAUUCUGAUUUAGAAGCUUCAUCAAACACACCUUCAGCUCCACCCAGCCUAUUAGCAAAUAUUUUAUAAAUUGAUACUAUAUCAAUUAUUGGGAUUGUCGUAUCGUUCUUUCUAUAUUUAGCUAAUAAAUCAGCAUCUUCAACAAAAACAACAAAAUCGGCUUCUUCACCUUUUAAGAAAAUCUUAUGGGGUUGAUUGGGCAUAUUGAACGAAUUUUAAUUAUAAAACUUAAUUAUGUAAAGAGACAAUUGAA